GGGUGGAAUGCCCUGGUUGAGCUGAAGCCUUUCUACUCCCCUUUUUAUUUCCCCAGCCUCCUGUCCCGUGUGCUGCAGGACGGCUCCCCUGAGGCCACGCACCUUCCCCGACCUCGGAAUGGCUCUCGGGUGGCUCUGGGCUCUCUCCACCGCGCUGCUGUGGGGCUGCCUGCUCUCUUCCUCCUCCUCCUCCUCCUCCCACAUCACAGUUGCUCCCCCACAAGACCUCCAGAUCACGGAUCCUGGACUCUUAGGUGUUCUCGAUAUCGAGUGGAAACCUCCACCCGACGUACACACCUUCAAUGAAUGCACAGUGAAAUACAAGUUCGAAUACCGCAGCGCUGGUGAUGGAGACUGGAAGGUUAUUUUUACUAGGAAGCUAAAAUUCAGAGUUGGAUUUGACCUCAGCAGGACUGCUGAAGUGAGGGUCCAGACGCUGCUCGAAGGAACAUGUACCGAUGACGUGGAGGUGCAAAGUGACUGGAUUUAUGCUACCUUUCAGGUCCCAUUGCCAGGAAAACUGGAAUCAGAGGUUCAGAAUUUCCACUGCAUCUAUCAUGACUGGGAAUACCUCAAGUGCACUUGGCAACCAGGUCUCCUCGCUCCUCGGGGCGUACAUUAUGGACUAUAUUAUUGGUACGAGGGGCUGGACCACGCCGUGCAGUGCGAUGACUAUAUUCAGGACCGGGGCAUAAACAUCGGCUGCAGGUUGCAAAACCUGAGCCAGGCAGAAUAUCAGGAUCUGAGCAUCUGUGUCAACGGCUCUGCGGCAGCCACCCUGCUGCGGCCGCUGUACGUCACCCUCCGCCUCCACAACCUGGCGAAGCCCUCGCCCCCGGAGCAGCUGGUGGUCUCCGUGUCUGCAGUGGAGGAGCUCCAGGUGGCCUGGAGCCCACCGGCAGGGGGGACGCCGCCCCAUUGCCUGGAGUACGAGGUCCAGCUGGCCCAGGAGGAGGAGGAGGCCGAGGCUGCCUGGGCGUCUGUGUCAACGCAAAUGGAGACCGCUUUAACAAUUUCCAGAGCGAAUAAAAGCCACAUUUCCUGUGUUCGUGUCAGGGGGAGAACAAAUAUUUUCUGUGCUGACCAGGGCUUCUGGAGUGACUGGACGCAGGAGUGUUUCUCUGUGGCCAGAAAAGAGGACACACAGCUAUAUAUCCUCAUUCCAGUCAUUCUGAGUUUGUCCAGUAGCCUCCUAAUAUUUAUGUUGAUUGGCCAGUGCAAGAAAAGAUCCCCAGCAGGAAAGCCGUUGCAUGCACCGGUGGGAUGCUAGCUCUGCCUGCGACUGCUGCACCGCCUGUGUUUGAUGGAUUGCUCUCACAACAUCAUCCCAAGGACAGCCGAGAAGCCCUGAGCUUUUUGUAGCCCACAGGGGUCUUCCCUACCUGCUGCCACUUGCGAGGGAGGUUGUUGCAAUUCAAGUCCUCAACAAGCCCAGGAAAACAUUGGAGGCGUUUUAAUCUGACUCUGGAGCAGGCUGCUUCUGAUAACAGGAGAAGGGAGAAAAAGGACGCAGUGGAAACUACCGUGAAUAAAGAUAACACGUUGUUC